GGGCUGGCGGCGGCGAGAGCGGCGCCGCGCCGAGCUGCCUCCAUCCAUGGCCCGGAGCGGCGGCGGCGGCAGGAGCCCGGCGUGGUCCUCUAGGUCCCAGCCCAGCGCCGAGCGAGCGGGCGACGAGGAGGGGCGCCGGCGAGGAAGCGCCGCGCGGAGACUAGGGCCGCGCGACCGGGGGCCGCCUGUCCCGCGCUGACAGCCGCGCCCGCGUCCUCCCCGCCGGGGCGCGCGCCGGACAUGCCCCCGGGGCGCGGCAGCGGGGACCCCGGGGCUUGCCUCCGCCCAGGGCCCCCCGCCCCGCCCUCGGGCGCCCCCGGCCCCCGCUGAGCACGCCUCCCGCACGCCCCGUCCCUGCCGCGGGCGGGCGCGCAGACGGGCCCCGGCGCUGUCGGCCCCCGCCGGGCGAUGGGCUGAUGGGCGCCGCGGGACGCAGGAUGCGGGGGGCGCCCGCGCGCCUGCUGCCGCUGCUGCCGUGGCUUCUGCUCCUGACGCCCGAAACCCGGGGCGCGCCCGGCUGCCCCGUCCCCAUUCGCAGCUGCAAGUGCUCGGGGGAGCGGUCCAAGGGGCUCAGCGGCGGCGCUCCCAACCCGGGGCGCAGGAGGGUGGUGUGCGGCGGCGGGGACCUCCCGGAGCCUCCCGAGCCUGGCCUUCUGCCUAACGGCACCGUUACCCUGCUCUUGAGCAACAACAAGAUCACUGGGCUCCGGAACGGAUCCUUCUUGGGACUGUCCCUGCUGGAGAAGUUGGACCUGAGGAACAAUGUCAUCAGCACAGUGCAGCCGGGUGCUUUUCUGGGCCUGGGCGAGCUGAAGCGCCUAGAUCUCUCCAACAACCGGAUUGGCUGUCUCGCCCCUGAGACCUUCCAGGGCCUCCCCAGGCUUGUCCGGCUAAACAUAUCUGGAAACAUCUUCUCCAGUCUGCAGCCAGGAGUCUUUGAUGAGCUGCCAGUCCUGCAGGCUGUGGACCUGGGCACCGAGUUCCUGACGUGUGACUGCCGCCUGCGCUGGCUGUUGUCCUGGGCCCGGAACCACUCCCUGCAGCUGUCUGAGCGUACGCUCUGUGCCUACCCCAAAGCCCUGCACGCCCAGGCCCUGAGUGGCCUCCAGGAGGCCCAGCUGCGCUGCGAGGGGGCCCUGGAGCUGCACACGCACCACCUCAUCCCCUCGCUCCGCCAAGUGGUGUUCCAGGGUGACCGGUUGCCCUUCCAGUGCUCCGCCAGCUACCUAGGCAACGACACCCGCAUCCGCUGGUACCACGACCGGACGCCCGUGGAGGGCGACGAGCAGGCAGGCGUGCUUCUGGCCGAGAGCCUCAUCCAUGACUGCACCUUCAUCACCAGCGAGCUGACCCUGUCCCACAUCGGCGUGUGGGCCUCCGGCGAAUGGGAGUGCUCCGUGUCCACCGUGCAGGGCAACGCCAGCCAGAAGGUGGAGAUCGUGGUGCUGGAGACCUCGGCCUCCUACUGCCCCGCCGAGCGCGUGGCCAACAACCGCGGGGACUUCAGGUGGCCUCGAACUCUGGCUGGCAUCACGGCCUACCAGUCCUGCCUGCAGUACCCCUUCACCUCUGUGCCCCUGAGCGGGGGUGCCCCGGGCACCCGUGCCUCCCGCCGGUGUGACCGAGCUGGCCGCUGGGAGCCGGGGGACUACUCCCACUGUCUGUACACCAACGACAUCACCCGGGUGCUCUACACCUUCGUGCUGAUGCCCAUCAAUGCCUCCAACGCACUGACCCUGGCCCACCAGCUGCGAGUGUACACAGCCGAGGCUGCCAGCUUCUCAGACAUGAUGGAUGUAAUUUAUGUGGCUCAGAUGAUCCAGAAAUUUUUGGGUUAUGUCGACCAGAUCAAAGAGCUGGUGGAGGUGAUGGUGGACAUGGCCAGCAACCUCAUGCUGGUGGACGAGCAUCUGCUGUGGCUGGCCCAGCGUGAGGACAAGGCCUGCAGUGGCAUUGUGGGGGCCCUGGAGCGCAUCGGGGGGGCUGCCCUCAGCUCCCAUGCCCAGCACAUCUCUGUGAACUCAAGGAAUGUGGCAUUGGAGGCCUACCUCAUCAAGCCGCACAGCUACGUGGGGCUGACCUGCACAGCCUUCCAGAGGAGGGAGGCAGGUGCGCUGGGCGCUAGGCCCGGCGGCUCCGGCCAGAAUCCCCCGCCUGAGCCUGAGCUCCUGGCAGAUCAGCAGCUCCGCUUCCGCUGCACGACUGGGAGGCCCAGCAUCUCCCUGUCAGCCUUCCACAUCAAGAACAGCGUGGCCCUGGCCUCCAUCCAGCUGCCACCCAGCCUGUUCUCGUCCCUUCCGGCUGCCCUGGCUCCCCCAGCGCCCCCAGACUGCACUCUGCAGCUGCUCGUCUUCCGCAACGGCCGCCUCUUCCGCAGCCACGGCAACACCUCCCGCCCCGGAGCACCGGGGCCGGGCAAGAGGCGCGGCGUGGCCACCCCCGUCAUCUUUGCAGGAACCAGUGGCUGUGGCGUGGGAAACCUGACGGAGCCAGUGGCUGUUUCUCUGCGGCACUGGGCGGAGGGGGCAGAACCUGUGGCAGCUUGGUGGAGUCAGGAGGGUGCAGGGGGACCUGGGGGCUGGAGCUCUGAGGGCUGCCAGCUGCGCUCCAGCCAGCCCAAUGUCAGCUCCCUGCACUGCCAGCACUUGGGCAAUGUGGCCGUGCUCAUGGAGCUGAGUGCCUUCCCCAGGGAGGUGGGCGGCUCCUGGGCGGGGCUGCACCCCGUCGUGUACCCCUGCACGGCCCUGCUGCUGCUCUGCCUCUUCUCCACCAUCAUCACCUACAUCCUCAACCACAGCUCCAUCCGUGUGUCCCGGAAGAGCUGGCACAUGCUGCUGAACCUGUGCUUCCACAUGGCCAUGACCUCUGCCAUCUUUGCAGGAGGCAUCACACUCACCAACUACCAGACAGUCUGCCAGGCAGUGGGCAUCACUCUGCACUACUCCUCACUGUCCACGCUGCUCUGGAUGGGUGUGAAGGCCCGCGUCCUCCACAAGGAGCUCACCUGCAGGGCACCCCCUCCUCAGGAAGGGGACUCUGCCCCCCCUGCUCCACGUCCCAUGCUCAGGUUCUAUUUGAUCGCCGGAGGGAUCCCACUCAUUAUCUGUGGUAUCACAGCUGCAGUCAACAUCCACAACUACCGGGACCACAGCCCCUACUGCUGGCUGGUGUGGCGUCCAAGCUUAGGAGCCUUCUACAUCCCAGUGGCUUUGAUUCUGCUGAUCACCUGGAUCUAUUUCGUGUGUGCGGGGCUGCACUUAAGGGGUCCUCUGGCACAGAGCCCAAAGGGGGACACCAGCAGGGUCUCCCUGGAGCCAGGGGAGGAGCUGAGGAGUUCCACCCGGCUCAGGAGCAGCGGCCUGAAUGACUCAGGGUCCCUUCUGGCUACUGGGAGUGCGGGCGUGCUGGCGCCCGCGCCCCCAGAGGAUGGUGAUGGACUCUAUUCUCCGGGAGUCCAGCUGGGGGCGCUGGUGACCACGCAUUUCUUGUACCUGGUCAUGUGGGCCUGUGGGGCUCUGGCUGUGUCACAGCGCUGGCUGCCCCGGGUGGUGUGCAGCUGUCUGUACGGAGUGGCAGCCUCGGCCCUGGGCCUCUUCGUCUUCGCCCAUCACUGUGCAAGGCGUAGGGAUGUGAGGGCCUCCUGGCGCGCCUGCUGCCCCCCUGCCUCGACCUCCCACACCUCGUCCCGGGCCGUUCCCGCCGCCGCAGAGGACGGUUCCCCAGUGUUCGGAGAGGGGCCCCCCUCCCUCAAGUCUUCCCCGAGCGGCAGCAGCGGCCACGCACCGCCCCUGGGCCCCUGCAAGCUCACCAACCUGCAGCUGGCCCAGAGUCAGGGGUGCGAGGUGGCAGGGGUGGCCCGCGGAGAAGGGGAGCCCGAGCCCACGGGCUCCCGGGGGAGCCUGGCUCCGCGCCACUCCAACAACUUGCACCACGGGCGCCGAGCGCACAAGAGCCGGGCCAAAGGGCACCGCGCCGGGGAGGCCGGCGGCAAGAACCGGCUCAAGGCGCUGCGCGGGGGUGCGGCUGCAGGGGCGCACGAGCUGCUGUCCAGUGAGAGCGGCAGCCUACACAACAGCCCGUCCGACAGCUACCCGGGCAGCAGCCGCAACAGCCCAGGCGCCGGCCUCCAGCUCGAGGGCGAGCCCAUGCUCACGCCAUCGGAGGGCAGCGACACCAGCGCGGCGCCACCGCCCCCCGAGGCCGGCCGGCCGGGCCAGCGCCGCUGCGCCAGCCGCGACAACCUCAAGGGCGGCGGUGGCGGCGCGCUGGAGAGGGAGAGCAAGCGCCGCUCGUACCCGCUCAACACCGCCAGCCUGAACGGUGCCCCCAAGGGCGGCAAGUACGACGACGUCACCAGCACUACAGGAGCCGAGGCUGCCGGGGGCAGCUGCAUGAAGACUGGCCUCUGGAAGAGUGAGACCACUGUCUAGGGCGGGGUGGGCGAUGCUUUAGGACAGGCUGGCCACACGGGCUUGUUACCCAGCUGCUCUGGAGCCCUCAAAGACGUCUAUCGGUACGUCAACACGUUUGAGGUAGGGGUGCCCGGGGCUGCACCUGGGCUGGCUGGCUUUAGGCCUGGAGGCUGGGAAAAAGAGAAGCUGAGGCCUGCCACUGCCAAGAGGGCCAUCCCUCUGGGAGAGUGACAAUCCCAGGACCAUAGGCAUGAUGCAUUUCCACCCCAGCCCAGGCUAGCUUUGGCAGUCAAAUCAGAGCUGUCCGGGAUAGCGGGGGAGGUCGUCUUUUGAGUGACAAGUGGAUGGGCACAGCCCAGACUAGGUGGGCUCCUCCUUAGGUACUCGCCAUUCUGUCCUCACUGCCCCCCUGGUCAUCAGCCUUAUCAAGAAAAACAGAUGACCGGUUUUUUCUCCUCACUGCCCUCUGAAGUCAGCCAUCUGUGCCCAGAUCCUAGAAACCCUUCCCUGCCCAGUUUUGGGCUAACUAGGGUGCCAGAGUAGCAGAUAAGCCAGGUGACCAGGACUGGUGGGAGGUAGUAAGGUGCUGCUUUUCAGAUGAACUAUGCAAGAGGAGAAGGUGGGGCGGUGUGAAAGGCAGCUUUGGAGAUCAACUAGUUACGUGGGAGGGGGACUGGUGGAAAGGGUGCACAAUUAGGGACACCAUUCCCACAGGAGUGGUACCCAAACCAUACAGCAUGGUUUGGAGGUGGCACAUCAGGACAAGGAUGAGGCCCUAAACCUGAGAAGCUGGCUCUGUGGCUGAUCCAAGGGAAGCAGAGAGUAGUGCUUAGAUACAGGCUGAAGCUACCAUACUUUAAACCUGGUCCUACAAACAAUGCUCUGAAGAGGGGCUCCCCAACAAGGCUGCAGGUGGUGGUGAUGACUUACUGUUGACUUCUAAGACCCACAUCCCAUCUCUGCUUCCAACACCAAGGGGUUGAGGAAGAACACUUCCCUGCCUCCGAGAGGCCAUAUGGAAGAGCCAUUCCAGUCGUAUUAGGGAGAAAUUGCCCAAACAUCAAACCAGCCUCCUGCCUAGCAGAAGCCUAAGCUAAAUAUCCUUGAGGCAGUGGGUGGAGAUCCUGCAGCUCACCUGGGGCCUGCGCCUUCCCUACCUAAAAUACCAGCACUAUUUUCCCCAACCUAAUAAGCAACCACCAGCCUUUUAACUACAGGACCUAAUGAAAGCAGAACCUCAGCCGUGUGGAGAGCAAUAGGAAAAUGAGGCCUGGCCCAGGGCCCCUCCCAGCCUCAACACCACCCCAGCCUGAUCAUGAAGGCGAAGGAAGACACGGGAGGGGAGAAAACCCACACACCUUGGGAUAGAUCCUGUUAUUUAUGCUUGCUGCACAGACAAUACUAGACAGAAAAAAAAAGCUUUGUAUUAUUAUUCCACAUAUGCUGGCUGCUGUUUACAUACCCUGCCGAUGCCUUAGCACUGGAGAGCUUUUGCAAUAUGCUGGGGAGAGGGAGGGAGGGAUGAAAAGUGCCAAAGAAAACAUGUUCUUAAAAGCUCGGAUUUUAUACAAUAGAAUGAUUUCUAGCAGAUGCCUCUUGUUUUAAUAUAUUAAAAUUUUGCAAACCCCUUUGA